AUGCCUCGGAUGGCCAUCCGAAUGGCGUGGGCCGCACAAUGGGCAGCUUUAGGGCCGUAUCUGCAGACGAUGCUUCCUCGUUAUGCGGUGCAGUUGACCCAACUCUCCGGCCCGCUUUGCGGUGUAUUGAUGGCGCCAAUUGUCGGCUUGUACUCUGACCAGCACACCUCAAGGUUCGGGCGCCGUCGUCCGUUCCUCGUAGUGGCUGCAGUCGGGAGUGUUAUCUGCUGGAUACUCAUGGGGUAUACUCGGGAGCUCGGAGAUGCCUUGGGUGACGUGGGGUCUGGGAAGAAAGGAGAAGUCACAGACCGGAAAUGGACAGCUCUGCUUACGAUUUUCUUCUAUCUCUGGAUGGACAUCACCGUCAACGUCGCGCAGACCCCAGCGCUGCUGCUGAUCUCGGACUUUGCGGGCACUCGACAGACUAUCGGCGCUGCCAUGGGGCAAGGAUGGUCGACACUUGGAGCGAUCGUCGUAGCAGCGUACACGGAGUUUUUUGGCGCAGCUUACAACUCGAUGCAUUGGUUCCUGGGGAUGCUGUCCGUCUUUAUGGCCGUCUGCAUUGGGGCAGCCUGCUACGUGGCCAAAGAGACGCCGCUGGGUCGAAGAACGCUGGAACAGAGAAAUUGCUGUCAGAACGCGACGUACGCGUUUGGAUCAAUAUUUUCGGCAGUGCGGACUCUUCCUGGGGUGCUAGCGGUUUAUUGCACCGUCAUUUUCCUCAACCAGUACGCUUUCGCAGCGUACAACGGCAACAAGGGAAUGUUCUUCGGUCUCGAGGUUUUUGAAGGAGUUGCUAGCAAUUCUGCCACAUGUGGCAACGAGUGUUCGGAGGCACAACUCGAUUAUAAUCGGGGUGUACGACUUGCUGGAGGUCUCGCCGAUAUGCUCUUUUGCGUUGUCGGGUACAUUUAUUCGUGGGUUCUUCCUCCACUGGUUCGACGAUUCGGAGCGCAAAACGUAGCAACACUCUCGACUAUUCCCCAGGUGCUGCUGAUGGUAAUGGCAUUCUGUGACGUUGUCGCCCUGGAUGUGAUUAUCGUGGCUCUCACAUCGAUCACUAUCAGCACAUUCUUCUCGCUAGUUGUGCCUAUCAUCGUACACGUGUUCGGACACACCGCCGAGAUCGGCGUUUACGUUGGCGUUAUGAACUCUGCAAACUCUUUCGGCCAGCUGCUCAACUUUAUUGUGGGUUCUGCAUUGGUGGAGACUUCGAUGGGCUACAGGUUACCAGUCUUCGUAGGAGGUGUAGUUAGCCUGCUUGCAUUUCUAGUCUGCGUUUGCUUCUUUAGGAUCAAGAUGAACUCCAUGUGA